GCCGUUAUAGGAGUAGGAUUAGUGCGCGCCACGGCUCAGACGCAGCGCAGACCGGUUCCAGUGUGGGAAAAAAAGAGAGACGUCCAAAUCCGAACGGUUCAUUUGCGUACAUGUAACGCCAACUCGUCUCUUCUUGGUGUUCAUCAGGGUGGACGAGUGUCGCCGAGGAUUCUCUUUAUUUUUCAAGCCAGCCAAGGAUUGUAUUUAUCUAAGCGCCGAAUGGACUUUUUCGACCGCUUUUUCUCGGAGCCGCAGCGCUGCAUCGGGAUCUAACGGACCUGUGUGUCGGUUCACCUUCGCCUCAUCUCUGUGUGCGCGCGCCCGCGCGUGUGCCUUGGGUUAGCAUCGCAGCUCGGAGAGCAUUUUCUCCACCCAAAUUGGACGGGAAAAAAAUCGAAUAAUAGAGGAUUCCUUUAUUUUACAACUAUAACCUCAUGCGCUGAAAAUAUGCUGCUGUCAAAGUUUGGCUCGUUUUCGCACAUCUGCAGCCCAAACAGCGUGGACCAUUUACCGGUGAAAAUUCAGCUUCAGCCAGUAAAAGUGGAGCCUGAGCCUUUUGAGAAGGUCUAUCAGGUGGGUUCCGUGUUGGGAAGCGGGGGAUUCGGGACGGUUUACGCCGCAAGCCGGAUUUCUGACGGUUUACCGGUCGCAGUCAAACACAUCGCGAAGGAGCGUGUGACCGAAUGGGGGACCAUUAAUGGUGUGAUGGUGCCUCUGGAGAUCGUGCUGCUGAAAAAAGUAGGUUCCAACUUUCGUGGAGUCAUAAAGCUGAUGGACUGGUACGAGAGGCCAGACGGCUGGCUGAUCGUUAUGGAGAGACCGGAGAUGGUCAAAGACUUGUUUGACUUCAUCACGGAGAAGGGCGCCCUGGACGAGGGCACAGCACGAGGCUUUUUUCGUCAAGUACUGGAGGCAGUUCGGCACUGCUACAGCUGCUGCGUGGUGCACAGAGACAUCAAAGACGAGAACCUGCUGGUGGACCUGCGCACUGGAGAACUCAAGCUGAUCGACUUUGGCUCGGGGGCGAUUCUCAAGGACACGGUGUACACCGAUUUUGACGGUACAAGAGUGUACAGUCCCCCAGAAUGGAUACGUUUCCAUAGAUACCAUGGCCGCUCAGCCACUGUCUGGUCACUAGGGGUGCUGUUGUAUGACAUGGUGUGUGGAGACAUUCCCUUUGAACAGGACGAGGAGAUCCUCAGAGGAAAACUCUAUUUCAGACGGAGAAUCUCUGCAGAGUGCCAGCAGUUGAUUAAGUGGUGUUUGUCCCUGAGGCCAUCAGACAGGCCAACUCUGGAGCAGAUCUUUGAGCAUCCAUGGAUGCGUCAUGCUGAAGCAUCCAAGACGGAGGAGGGUGACAUCCGGCUACGUACCAUCAGUACAGACACUUCCAGCAUGAGCUCCAGCAAGGAGAGCCUCUAAAAGAAAUAACAUUUUGCUCCAAGCGAGAGCACGAACUCUACUGACUCUUAAUCUCUAUCCCUGCCUUCAUCAGGCUUGAAGAUUCUUUUUUUUUUUUUUUUUUUUUUUUUUUUUAGGAAUCAUAAUUUAUUACAGUUUGCUCUUCCUUUCAAUCUUUUUAUUUUAUUAUUAUUAUUAUUUUUAUUUUUUUUACAAUUCAUAAAAUGUGUUUCCUAAUGGGGAACAUUAGCUGUUUGGGUGGACUUACCAGCACUAAUUAUUAUUAUUAUUAUUUUAUUGUUACAAGGCUGGUUUAUGCAUCUGGCAAGCCUCCUACACAGAUGUGGCUGCUCUCAUAGAGCUUGGACAACUUUUUAUUUAAAUGUUUUAAUUUUUGAUUUGGAGUGCCUUUUUGAAAGCUGCUGUUUUGGGGCUUUCAUUGUUGCUUUUGUUGUUUUGUUUGAAAGUUUCCCUUGAGCUGGUUUGGAGGUAUCAUAGAGUUUGGUGAUGAUCUAUUCCACAUAAACCUCAAUCCAGUUCAACGGUCUCACAGUGGGGAGGGGUCGACCGAUAAAAUACUUGAAACGCACACACUCACUGCGUCUCUUUCUAACGCUGCUCAGUCACAUUUUAGCCUAUAUAGGUUGUCUAGAAAAAAAACUUCUUUUUUUCCUUACUCUGAAUGUGUAUAGAGAUUUGGUAUAACCGCUGUACCUUCUGAGGGUCUGAACUGGUCCUCUUCUCAGCUUACUCUUCUGCUCUUCAUCCCACUGCUGAAACUACAUUUGUCUGUCUCCUGGGUUUUGGGGGGCCUUGGUGUGAAAAUGCACAAUCAAUGCAAUAUUCAUAAAUCUUUUUUUUUCCUUUUUUUUUAUAAAUUUUAAUUAAAGAUUAACUUGUACAGUUUUUUUUUUGUACAGUUUUCUUUUUUGCAUUUAAUUUAUUUGUAACAUUUAGACAUUCCACACUCUGUGGCUAUUUAUUUUUUUAUUUAUUGUCAUGCUUAAAUCCCAAAUUUUGCAUAUCUUUAUAUGGCCUUUUGUUUGCAUUCCUGUUGUCUUUUUUUACAUUUGGACAAGAGAUGGUGGAUGCACUGAAAGUGUUGUCAAUGUAAAAAGGAAUAAAAACAAGGUUUACUUCAA